AUGGCGCGAGGACCGAGAAAGCACUUGAAGCGCGUGGCGGCGCCGCAUCACUGGAUGCUGGACAAGCUGACAGGCCACUAUGCGCCGCGUCCGUCCCCUGGUCCGCACAAGCUGCGCGAGAGCGUGCCGCUUGUGGUGCUUCUCCGCAACCGCCUGCGCUACGCGCUGACUUACAGAGAGGUGAUGAUGAUUGUCAUGCAGCGCCUCAUCAAGGUCGAUAACAAGGUCCGCACAGAUCACUGCUACCCCGCAGGCUUCAUGGACGUCGUGUCUAUCGAGAAGACCAAGGAGAACUUCCGCAUGCUCCUGGACACCAAGGGCCGCUUCGUUCCCCACCCCAUCCGCGACGAGGAGGCUUCCUACAAGCUCUGCCGCGUCAAGAAGGUCGUCGUCGGCCCCAAGGGCGUCCCUGCGAUCAUCACCCACGACGGCCGCACGCUGCGGUACCCCCACCCCGCCAUCAAGGCCAACGACUGCAUCCGCGUCGACCUGAACACCGGCAAGGUUGUCGACUGGAUCAAGUUUGAGGCGGGCAACGUCGCGAUGGUGACUGGCGGACACAAUGUGGGUCGCGUCGGUCUGAUUGUGCACCGCGAGCGUCACUUGGGCGGCUUCGACAUCGUGCAUCUGCGCGACUCGAAGGGCCACGAGUUCGCCACCCGAAUCUCCAACGUCUUCAUCAUCGGCAAGGGCGAGAAGCCGUGGGUGUCCCUUCCCAAGGAGAAGGGUAUCCGGCUCUCGAUCACGGAGAACCGCGCGCUGCAGCUCAAGAAACAGCAACUCCAGGCCUAA